UUCGCGGUGAAUUCUUUCAAAAUUGUUCAGCUUUUAAUUUAUGAAAAAAAUAAAUGAAUUAAGGAAAUUUUCUCCUUAGAGAUGGAUAAUCACACAGGAAUGGAUGAUUUGGUAGAAAGCUGUGAUGAAAUGAAUGCUUUAAAAAGAAGGCCAGAAAGAAAACCAGAUUAUUUACAUUUUGCAAAACAUCGUAAGGUAACAAAUGGCCUUCAACAAAUUAUUAAGACACCAGUAAAAGUUAGAAAUAUGUCUUCAGACAGGACGAUUCAUACAGCAUUAAUUGAAGAAACUCAUAAUGUACCAAUGAGUGUUAUUAUAAGACCAAUACCUCCAGUCCUAGAUGAUAAAAAAGUACAAUCGCUAAUGGAUACUAUAAGAGAAAAUCCAGGAGAAGUUCCUCCAAUUGAUAUAUUAUGGAUAAAAGGUACUGAAGGAGGAAAUUAUUAUUAUAGUUUUGGUGGUUGCCAUCGUUUUGAAGCGUAUAAAAAUUUAGGAAUGCCAACGAUACCAGCUAAAAUAGUAGAAUCGACUCUUGUUGAUUUGCAACAUUAUUUGGGGUCAAGUACACCUAAAGAAUUAAAGUGAUCUUCAGAAUGGACUCAUAUUUUUUUUAAAUUUGUUUUUUUUUACAAAAUAAAAAGAUACUAUACAUGUAUAUAUAUAUAUAUUAUUUGAUAUUUAAUAACAAAAUUUUGUUGAAAUUAUUUGUUUUUAUUAUAUAAAAUUUGAAAUAAAGUUAUUAUUGCUAAAAUUUUUAAUAAAAAAA